UUCACCUCUGCAUUAUGUUUGUUGAUGGCUUAAAACCUCUAGCUAGGAAUAAACAGUAAACAACAACAGUUUACAUUACUGCUCAUUACAGACUAGGGUGAAAUUUAAGAAUAAUUAUGUCUCACUCUUCCAAUGAGACAUGUUACUCACUCAGCAAAUGCAAUGGCAGUUUCUGAGGUGACCGAGCAGCUUCUUCAAAUUUCAUUUUGAAGUUGGUCAAUUCGAUUGACGCGCGGGGCAUGGCAAGGCAAAUUCAACUUCACGCCGCCACGAUUGGUUUGGUUUGUUGAGAUUACAUUACCAAAACUAUUCGAUUUGGACAUUUCUUACUGUGCAUGUUUCAUAGGCAUUUAAAUUGCAUCUCCACACUUCUAUUGCAAAAUCAAUACUACUUAUUUUUCCUUUCCCGUGUAAUGUGAUUGGUGUGGUUGGUGUUAGUCAGAAUUUUACGUUCUGGAGGAUUCUGUUUAUUUGGGUGCCAAAAAGGUUGGAACUUGGAUGAGAUUUUCGACUAUAAGUUUUGUGGGAAUUCAAGAUCUUUACUUUAUAACUCUCAGCGUUUGUCAUUUAGAUCAAAGAUGUUUGGAAACGGUGAAGCCGUGACUCACAGUGCAUGCUCCAAUGGUUCUGUCCAAACUGUAAAUGGCAAUUUGGAAGAGAAGCUUGAUGAACUUCGUCUGCUAAUGGGGAAAGUGGAUGGUGAUCCACUGAGAAUAGUUGGUGUUGGAGCUGGGGCUUGGGGUAGUGUAUUCACAGCUAUGUUGCAGGAGGCUUAUGGUGGUUUAAGAGAAAAGGUUCUGAUUAGGAUAUGGAGAAGACCCGGAAGAACGGUUGAUAGAGCCUUGGCUAAGCAUUUGUUUGAGGUUAUCAAUUCGAGGGAGGAUGUAUUGAGAAGGCUGAUUAGGCGAUGUGCGUAUUUGAAAUAUGUUGAGGGAAGAUUGGGUGAUCGUGUCCUUUAUGCAGAUGAGAUUUUGAAAGAUGGAUUUUGCUUGAACAUGAUUGACACCCCUCUUUGCCCUCUCAAGGUUGUCACAAACCUGCAGGAGGCUGUGUGGGACGCAGAUAUUGUGAUUAAUGGCUUGCCAUCAACGGAAACCCGUGAGGUAUUUGAAGAAAUUAGCAAGUACUGGAAAGAGAGAAUCACAGUGCCUACCAUCAUUUCCUUAGCAAAGGGUGUGGAGGCUGAAUUGGGGCCUGAACCACGGAUAAUAACUCCCACGCUAAUGAUCAAUCAAGCAACUGGAGUCCCCAUUGAGAACAUCCUUUACCUUGGAGGUCCUAACAUUGCCUCAGAAAUUUACAACAAGGAAUAUGCAAACGCUAGGAUAUGUGGGGCAGAAAAGUGGAGGAAACCACUGGCAAAAUUUUUGAGGCAGCCCCACUUUAUAGUGUGGGAUAAUGGUGACCUUGUUACUCAUGAAGUUAUGGGUGGAUUAAAGAAUGUAUAUGCUAUUGGAGCAGGAAUGGUAGCCGCUUUAACAAAUGAGAGUGCCACCAGCAAGUCAGUGUACUUUGCUCACUGCACAUCUGAGAUGAUUUUUAUAACUCAUCUAUUGGCAGAAGAACCAGAAAGACUGGCAGGGCCUCUCUUGGCUGAUACGUAUGUAACGUUGUUGAAAGGUCGCAAUGCAUGGUAUGGGCAAAAGUUGGCCAAAGGGGAGUUGAGCCUUGAAAUGGGUGACAGCAUCAAGGGCAAGGGGACAAUUCAGGGAGUCUCUGCAGUUAAAGCAUUCUAUGAGCUACUUAGUCAGUCCAGCUUAAAUGUCCUAAAUCCUGAAGAAAACGAGCUCGUUGCCCCAGUGGAGCUUUGCCCCAUCUUGAAGAUGUUAUAUAAAAUACUAAUAAUUAGGGAAUCUCCAGUAGAGGCAAUUCUUCAAGCAUUGCGAGAUGAGACAAUGAAUGAUCCUCGUGACCGUAUUGAGAUUGCCCAAAGCCAUGUGUUUUACAGACCAUCACUUCUUGGUCACCAGCCUUAAGAAUUAAGAGUCUUAAGUUUAUCUUCUGCUGCUCCAUAUUUAUCCACCGCCCCUCCUAAAAAUAUCUGGAGUAAGCAAAGUUGUGUAUCCAACGAUACUAUAUUGUUGCAGUUAAUGUGUAUCCUAAUUAAUAUAAUUGGAUAUUCUAGUUAAUAAUAUAAUUAUGUUUUUUAGAGAGAGAA